AUGGGUGGAUCUCAAUAUUACCAAGACACGGUGUCCUCCAUCAAAGCUUAUCAGCGCCAAGCCGAAGCGAAGGAAAAUUGGACAGAACCGACCGAUAUCCAGAAUACAGUGAUCUCCUUCGCCGAGGAGGAAACAGCAGGAAUUGAUAGACCACAUAACGAUCCACUGGUGAUCAAAUUAACGAUCAGAGAUCACGAUGUAGCGAGAGUGCUCAUCGAUACUGGGAGCUCGGUAAACGUCAUUUUCAGGGAGACACUCAGAAGGAUGGGAAUCGAUCUCUCCGAGGCUCCCGUGGUAGCUUGUGGAGUCAAUAGGAUCGUCAAAUUCUGCGUCACCGAUCACCCAACAAUCUACAAUGUGAUUAUGGGAACUCCAUGGAUCAACGCGAUGAGGGCGAUUGCGGAGAGCCGCGAAACGCGCACCGAGCUGGUAUGUGAUGCAGUGGACUCGGUGUGCAUAGACAAAGCGCGUCCAGAACGAUGCGUCAAAAUCGGAGCAAAACUAGAAGAGCCUCUGAGAAGCAAACUUCUUUCCCUCCUCAAAGAGAACAUCAACACUUUUGCCUGGACAGCGGAAGAUAUGCCGGGCAUAAGCAUCGACGUGACCUGUCACGAGCUGAACGUGGACCCAACCUUCAAACCAAUCAAGCAAAAAAGAAGGAAGCUCGGACCCGAACGAGCUAAAGCAGUUAACGACGAAGUGGAGAGAUUGCUCAAAGUAGGAUCAAUCGCCGAGGCCAAAUAUCCAGACUGGCUUUCGAAUCCAGUGGUUGUGAAGAAGAAGAACGGCAAGUGGCGGGUCUGUGUAGAUUUCACUGACCUCAACAAGGCGUGCCCGAAAGACAGUUUCCCCCUGCCGCACAUCGAUCGGCUCGUCGAAGCCACUGCGGGAAAUAGGCUGUUAACAUUUAUGGACGCGUUCUACGGCUACAACCAAAUCCUGAUGCAUCCUGUUGAUCGGGAAAAAACAGCAUUUAUAACUGAUCGUGAGAUAUACUGCUACAAAGUCAUGCCGUUCGGACUCAAGAACGCAGGGGCAACAUAUCAACGACUCGGCAAUAAAAUAUUCGCGGAUCAGCUCGGAAAAACCAUGGAGGUAUACAUCGAUGAUAUGUUAGUCAAAUCACUCGAAGAGAAAGAUCAUAUCGCGCACCUACGAGAAUGUUUCGAGCAGUUGAACAAACACAACAUCAAACUGAACCCGGCGAAGUGCAGAUUUGUGGUCACCUCGGGAGAGUUUCUCGGCUAUCUGGUAACUCACCGAGGCAUUGAAGCGAAUCCUAAACAGAUCAAGGCAUUAAUCAAGAUGCCCUCUCCAAGGACGAAGCGAGAAGUGCAAAGGCUCACGGGAAGGAAAUUCGAGUGGGACGAGCGAUGCGAAGCAGCUUUCCAUGAAUUGAAGAGUUAUCUAGCAAGCCCGCCGAUCUUGGCGAAACCAGUUGAAGGAGAGCCUCUCUUCCUCUACAUUGCCGUAUCUGCUACAGCUGUGAGUGGGGUGCUUAUAAGAAAAGAACGAGCCGAGCGAAAACCCAUUUUCUACGUCAGCCAGACACUGACCGACGCCGAGACCCGCUACCCCCAGAUUGAGAAAGUCGCCCUAGCCGUCGUAGUCUCGGCUCGCAAGCUGCGUCCCCUGAGCCAAUCCGGCCGGCUCGCCAAGUGGGCCAUAGAGUUGAGGGAGUACGACAUCGAGUAUCGGAAAAGGUCGUCUGCAAAAUCACAGGUGCUCGCAGAUUUUCUUAUCGAACUUCUGGCCGAAACGACGAACGAGCAAACCCCAGACGAAGUAUGGAUGCUGCACGUCGACGGCUCGUCGUCUAAACACGGCUCGGGAAUAGGAAUCCGUCUCACCUCUCCCACCGGAGAAAUAUUGGAGCAGUCUUUUCGCCUGAACUUCCACGCCUCGAACAACGAAGCAGAAUACAAAGCGCUGAUCGCCGGCAUACGACUAGCACAGGGAAUCGGAGUUCGAAAGAUAAGAACCUUUUGCGAUUCACAAUACGAGGCGAAAGACGGACGAAUGGGAGCUUACCUCAAGGUGGUCAGAGAAUUGGUGCAAAAGUUCGACGAGUUCGAGCUCACACGAAUACCCCGAGGCAAAAACACCUCGGCUGACGCCUUGGUAGCACUUGCUUCGACUUCAGACCCGGAUCUCCGACGGAAAAUUCCAGUCGAAUUCUUCGAACGUCUUAGCAUCGAAGAGGUAGAAGGAGUUCGGCUGAUAAAUCCUCCCGAGCAGGAACCAGAGAACGACGAAGCAAUCGCUAUGGAUGAAGAUGCCUCACCAGCCGAGCUGGAGUAUGGCUGUGAAAAAGAAUGGCUCGGAGCCUUCCGAGUGUAUAUCGCCGAUGGAGAAGUACUAACCAACAAGUGGGAAGCCCGCAAAUUAAAGGCUCAGGCCGCACGAUAUGUCCUCGUCGACGGUGAAGUGUUUAAAUGGAGAUUUUCAGGACCGCUCAUGACAUGCGUCGAAGGACCGGAGGCAAGAAAUAUCAUGCACGAAGUGAAAAGCAGCGCGUGCGAAAACCAUUCUAGCGGAAGGUCGCUCGCGAUCAAGAUAAAACGACACGGUUACUUCUGGCCUACGAUGGUCAUGGACUGCGAGAAGUUUACGGCGAAGUUCGAGAAGUGUCAACGGCACGCGCCAACAAUUCACCAACCUACCGAGCUGCUGUCAUCGAUCUCGUCACCUUAUCCUUUCAUGAGAUGGUCGAUGGAUAUAGUCGGACCUCUAAAUCGAUCGAAGAAGAAGCGCUUUCUGCUCGUCCUCACGGAUUAUUUUUCUAAGUGGGUCGAGGCCGAUUCUUACGCGAGCAUAAAGGAUGCUCAAGUCGAACACUUCGUCUGGAAAAAUAUCAUCUGCAGACACGGGGUUCCCUAUGACAUAGUCACCGAUAACGGAUCCCAGUUCAUCUCAACGCGUUUUGAAGCUUUCUGCGAGAAAUGGAAAAUCCGUUUGAGCAAAUCUACGCCAAGAUAUCCUCAAGGGACUGGACAAGCUGAAGCAGCCAACAAGACGAUCCUAGACGGUCUGAAAAAGAGGCUCGACGCCAAGAAAGGACGAUGGGCAGAUGAGCUCGAAGGAGUCCUUUGGUCGCAUCGGACAACUCCGCGCCGAGCCACCGGAGAAACUCCAUUCGCUCUAGUCUAUGGAGCGGAAUGCGUAAUCCCCCCCGAGGUGGAUUUCCCUGGUAUCCGACGAAGACUUCUGCCGGGACAAGAAGGGUUGAAUCACUUAAUGAUGCUGGACGAACUCGAUUUGGUCAACGAAAGGCGCGACCAGGCUCUAAUCAGAAUUCAGAACUACCAACAAGCAACGGCGAGAUAUUACAACAAAAAUGUCCGCAGUCGAAGAUUUAAAGAAGGAGAGCUCGUCCUUCGAAAAGACGUAGACCUCGGCAACAAGAGAUCCAAACUUAGCGCUUCAAACGGCCAAAGACCAAAUCCGAUCUGA